AUGCCGGGAAAAAUCGCGGAAGCUCCUCUCAAGAGGAAGCGGUCCAAGGAUGCCGAACAGCCAAAGAAGCGUGCCCGGUCUGAAAGCAACGCCAGCAGCGACGACCACGAUCCGCAGGCCGACAUCCUGCUCCUCGAGAACGAGAUAUUAGAGUCCAAGAAACACUACAACAACAUCACAAAGCUCCUGGAGAUUGCGCAAGACACGGAACAUGAGGAAACUGCCCUCGUCGCGACCGUGUCGCUGUGCAGAGUUUUCCUGCGCCUGUUGGCUGCCGGCAGCCUGGCGAGAACUCCGGGCCAGUCGGAAAAGGACAUUGUGGUUGUCCAGUGGCUCAAGGGAAAGCUUUCAGAGUACAAGCAGCUCACGCUUGCUGCAUUGGCCAAAGAGGAUACAGCGUCUACGGCGUUGACCUUGGCGAUGCGGGUUCUCAAAGCCGAGGGGCAACACCUGAGCAGCAAGGAAGAGUACUCUUUCCCCAAGGCCUUUCUCACCGAGAUCGUGGGCACUCUGGUCAGAAGAGCGUCGGAGGACGUGCGCCAAGAGUUCUGUGAGAAGUUCAUGGCUGAAUUCGGCGAUGUGCGCUUCUACACCUUCAAAGCUCUAAAGGACGUUCUCACAGAGGAUGCUGAGGGCCGUACGCCGGAGGACCUCUUUGACAAUGCGUUUGACAUGCUUUCAUUCUUUGAGGAUGUGCCAGACUCGGCUGAGGACCUCGGCGAAUUCUACAUCAGUGAGCCCAAGAAGAAGAACCACCCGGUCGCCUCACUUACACAACAAAAGAAGCAAGGCCAGGAAGCGUGGCUUGCUCUUUUACGCCUCGGCCCCGAUCGAGCCCAAAGAAAACAGGUCUUAGAGAUUAUGACACAGUCAAUUGCUCCUUGGUUCACGAAGCCUGAACUGCUGGCCGACUUCCUGACGGAUUCGUACAACGCCGGUGGUUCUAUAUCGCUGCUCGCCCUCUCGGGUGUCUUCUACCUCAUCCAGCAUAGAAACCUGGACUACCCGUCCUUUUACCGCAAGCUGUACUCACUCAUCGAUGCAGAAAUCUUACACUCGAAGCACAGGUCAAGAUUUCUCCGACUUCUGGAUACUUUCCUUGGCUCCAGUCAUUUGCCGGCAGUCUUGGUUGCAAGUUUCAUCAAGCGGCUAGCGAGAUUGUGCCUGAACGCUCCCCCAGCUGCCAUAGUUGCCAUAAUACCUUGGAUUUACAACUUGUUCAAAAAACAUCCAUUGUGUACCUUCAUGAUUCACCGUGAGGUUCGGACACAAGAGGAGAAAGACUUGAUCCAAAACGAGGGGUUGGCUGACCCCUUCGAUGCCGAGGAAGAGGACCCUAUGGAGACGCAAGCCAUCGACAGUUGCUUGUGGGAAGUCGUGCAAUUACAGUCACAUUACCAUCCCAACGUUGCCACGAUUGCAAAGAUCAUAUCAGAGCAAUUCACUAAGCAGUCGUACAACAUUGAAGACUUCCUUGAUCAUUCGUAUAGCAGUUUACUGGAUGCCGAGCUUUCAAAGCAAAUCAAGAAGGCACCUGUUGUGGAAUUCAUGAUACCAAAACGGAUCCUUCUGCCACAUGACCCAACAUCCGGAGUAGAGGACAACCUCAUCACCAAGUUGUGGGAUUUCCAGUAG